UUUUUCUACUCUUGCUCUUGGGAAGACCCUCAUAUUUAACUGAUCUCUAAACCAGGAUUGUAUAUCUUUAAGGCAGAAAACACCCUCAAGAGGAGGAAAGAUAAGCAAAUCUGAUUUGGCAGGGUGUGUUUCCAAAAAAUAUCUCAGUUUAAGUCACUCAGACACACUUCCUCUCUCCUCUCCCUUCUGUCCCCUUGGCUCUUGGCCUUUCCCUCAGCUUUCUCCAAUGCCUCACCUUUUCCCUUCUUUUAACCCUCUUGCUUAGGUGCUUCCUUUCCUUUCAUAAAAAAGCAGGUAUCCUACUUCCACUUGCUUCACCCCUGGCCCUCUCCUCCUCUCCUCCUAGCCAAACUGGUUUGAGUCAGCCACACCCCUUUCUCAGCUCCUGGGGCUAUUCAGAUGGUGGCUGGCCACCCUACCCCACCCCUGGGCUUGGCUUGGAGCCCUGAGUCAGCUCUACCGCCCAAGCCAAAUCAAACCUGAGGCAGGAGCCGAAACUCACAGUCCCUCAAGACUUAUAGCCAGGUGAUGGAGGACGAGGAGAAGGCAGUGGAGAUCAUGGUGAGCAACACGGGAGCUGCUCAUUCUCCAUCCCCCAUCCGCUGCUGCUGGCUCCGCCUCCGCUACUUGGCAGCUACUAGCAUUAUCUGUGGCUGCUCUUGCCUGGGAGUCAUGGCUCUUGUGUUUGCCAUCAAGGCAGAAGAGCGGCAUAAGGCAGGCCGGUCCGAGGAGGCAGUACACUGGGGGGCCCGGGCCCGGAGGCUCAUCCUGGCCAGCUUUGCUGUCUGGCUUGCUGUCCUUAUUCUGGCCCCCCUGCUGCUAUGGCUGCUCUCCUACGCCAUCGCUCAGGCUGAGUGACCCUGGGUGGCCUCUGCUAAGAGUCAGCUGAGACCUGGAUCCAACAGUUUGGUGACAGCAGUGGUCCUUCCUGGCAGGAAGGAUGGUGUCUCUCCCAAGGGCCUUUGGAAGAGCUCUUUUAGCCCUUUAUAAAAGGAGAGCAGCAGCUGAGACUGAUGAAGGGAGGUCAGCCUGCUCUGUUCUUUCAGUGCCCUCCACCUUCUAUCUCCCUACCCUGCUCCAUCCCAGGGCCUCUACCCAGAGGAGGGGUUGAAGACCAGGCCUGAUUUUAUUAGAAUUUGUUUUGUAAUAAAAAUCUUUUUUGGUGGUAAAA